UACCUGCACAGCCGCUCGGCUCCCUGGUUCGCUGGUUGCUUAUCUAGCUCUGGCCACUCGUAGCCAGUGGCAUUCCGGUCAAUAGGCGUCGAGGUCUCGCCGCCGGCGGCCUAGAGAGAGAAACAGAUCAAGAGAGAGGAUUCGGAUAUAUAAUAGAGAGAGAGAGAGUACAGGGGUUAAGAGAGAGGGUGAGGCCGGGGGGCAAGAUAGAGGGGAGCGUGCGCAGGAAGCUGAUGAGGCUCCUGUCGUUCGUGCCCUGUGGCUGCCGUGCUGGACCCAUCGACGACGCGCCGCCCGCCGACCACGCCGUAGACGCCGCCGCCGCCGCGAGGAGGAGGCGCCGGAGGAGGAGGAGGAUCGUCGCCGCCGGAUCCGUGGGUGGUGCAGCCGCCCAUCAGUGGCGCCCGUCGCUCGGGGACAUCUACGAGGAGUACAGCACCGACGCGGCCAAGGCCGCCGGCGGGCCGGCGAGGGCCAGGAAGGCGGCGUCCUGGGACGUCGCCAGGGUGCUGCCCCGCGCACACAGCGAUGAAUACCGGCACCUCGAGAGCGCGUCGUCCAUGCCGGCGUUCGCGCCGACGGCGUACCUGUUCUGAUGACGAUGAUCAUGGCGGCGUCGGCAUCGACCACGAAUCGAGGACGACGGCAACUACAAGUACCGGCCACCACAAGUAUUGUCUGAAGCAUGUAUACAGAUUAUUAUCCACGUAUUGCAGGACCAAGGAUCUAUACGCAUCCAUCAGGAAAUAAAGUUUGUCUCUUCUUCCUCAAGACAGAGUUAGAGAGAGAGAGCGGCGCGCGUGUGUCUAUAUAUAUGUGUGUGUGAUGGUUUGGAUGAGCUAGCUACUAGAGAUGAUGUGCACAUAUAUGUGGCAUGCAUCACCAUGCAUGACAUGCUAGAUUGUAAAUCUUCUCAUGGAGUAUUGUCAUGUACAUAAUUACUAUGUAAUAUAGAGAGUGGUGGUGAUCAUUAAGAGACUAUCAAAGUCUACAUCAUUAUAUUGAAGUUGAUUGGAACCCUUUGUUCA